AUGUCAUACCAGUUCCUUAAAGAAACCAUUAGUCAAACAUAUACCGAGUUGCUAUUCAAGAGAGAUAGCUGUAGCUCCAAAGAUGCCAGUAGUCAAAAAUGUGAAAAACCCAGCACCAUCAGCGGCGGGGAAUUGGCAGCAACGAUUUGUGUUCCCGUGGUGGUGGUCGCUUUGGUAUUGGGUGGGUUAGCAUUCAAAUCUUAUAGAGAUAAUAAGAAGGAACAAAAAGAGUUUGAAAAUGAUCCAGAAUUUUACAAAAACGACGAAGAAUUCAUCACUGUCAACGACAUGCCAGUGUAUCCUCCUCCAGCUUACAAUAACCAUAAUAUGCUCAAUAAUGACUCGACCGAUAACUUGAGUACCAAAGGAAGUGUGUAUCCUCCAAGCAUGAACACCCCUUAUAAUGGUGGCAGUCGUACUGCUUCGACCUUGAAUCCUUUUGGAGGAGCAGAUGAUAGAUAUCCAAGCGCUGUGAACUCCAAUAAUGCAUCGACCCCUCAUCAAUGA